CAGGAGCUCUACUAUCGGAGAAUGCAGAGGGUGAGGGAGAAAAUGACAGGUCAGAAUCAGUUUAAGAGGAGGUUGAGAGUGUGUGUGGCAACAUGCAACAGAGCAGACUACUCCAAGCUGGCCCCCCUCAUGUUUGGCAUCAAAUCACACCCUGAGGACUUCGACCUGGAGGUCGUGGUGCUUGGUUCACAUCUCAUCGAUGACUAUGGGAACACUUUUCGCAUGAUCGAGCAGGAUGGCUUUGACAUCGGCUCCAAGCUCCACACCAUCGUGAGAGGAGAGGAUGAGGCGGCCAUGGUGGAGAGCGUCGGGCUGGCCCUGGUGAAACUCCCUGAUGUCCUGCAGAGGCUGCGCCCUGACAUCCUUAUCAUCCAUGGUGACCGUUUCGAUGCACUCGGCCUGGCGACUGCUGCAGCACUGAUGAACAUUAGAAUACUUCACUUGGAGGGUGGAGAGGUGAGUGGUACGAUUGAUGACUCGAUCCGCCACGCUGUAAGUAAACUGGCCCAUUACCACGUCUGCUGCACCCCCCGGGCGAAGCAGUACCUCAUCGCCAUGUGUGAGGACCACUCUCGCAUCUUGCUGGCUGGCUGCCCUUCCUAUGAUAAGCUGCUGUCAACAAAUCACAAAGACGACUACAUGGAUAUUAUCAAGAGCUGGCUGGGUGACAAGGUGCAGAGGCAUGAUUAUGUGGUGGCUUUGCAGCACCCAGUCACCACAGACAUCCAGCACGCCAUAAAGAUCCAUGGACUAAUGCUGGAUGCCCUCAUCUCCUUCAACAAGAAGACCCUCAUCCUCUUCCCUAACGUUGAUGCUGGCAGUAAGGAGAUGGUGCGUGUGAUGAGGAGAAAGGGCAUCGAGCAGCACCCCAACUUCCAAGCGGUGAAGCACAUUCCCUUUGAGCAGUUCAUCCAGCUGGUGUGCCACGCCGGCUGCGUGAUCGGGAACAGCAGCUGUGGCGUGAGAGAGGCAGGGGCCUUCGGCACCCCCGUCGUUAACCUGGGAACCAGGCAGACUGGCAGAGAGACAGGUGAAAAUGUUCUACAUGUCAGGGAUGCUGAUACUCACGAUAAGAUCUACCACGCUCUGGAGCUGCAGUUUGGGAAGAGAUACCCCUGCUCUAAGAUUUAUGGCGAUGGCCACGCCGUGCCUCGUAUUCUCAAAUUCCUGCGCACCAUUGACCUGGACGAGCCGCUCCAGAAGAGCUUCUGUUUCCCGCCGGUGAAAGACUCCAUCUCCCGAGACAUCGAUCACAUCCUGGAGACACAGAGCGCUCUGUCCAUUGACGUGGGAGGGACCAACCUCAGAGUGGCUAUCAUCUGCAUGCAGGGUAAGAUAGUUGAGAAGUACGCUCAGCCCAACCCAAAGACCUUUGAGGCCAGAAUGCAUCUCUUAUUAAAGAUGUGCUCUGUUGCCAUGCGGGACGCCGUGAGCCUCAACUGCAGAAUACUUGGUGUUGGAGUGUCCACAGGUGGACGUGUAAACCCACAAGAAGGUGUGGUCUUGCACUCAACAAAGCUGGUCCCGGAAUGGUCCUCGGUGGACCUGAGAACUCCGAUCUCCGAUGCCCUGCACCUCCCCGUCUGGGUCGACAACGACGGCAACUGCGCCGCGUUGGCUGAGAGGAAGUUCGGUCAUGGCAAAGGAGUGGAGAACUUUGUGAGCAUCAUCACAGGAACAGGUAUUGGAGGCGGAAUCAUCAAUAACAGUGAGCUGGUCCAUGGCAGCUCCUUCUGCGCCGCAGAGCUGGGUCACAUCAUGGUUUCCUUAGAAGGCCCAGAGUGUUCAUGUGGCAGCCGUGGAUGCAUUGAGGCCUACGCUUCCGGCCGGGCGCUGCAGAGAGACGCCAAGAGGCUGCACGACGAGGACUUGCUGAAGGUUGAGGGGAUGGAUCUGAAACUUUCUGAGCCUAUCACCGCUGCCCACCUCAUCAGCGCAGCCAAACUGGGGAACUCAAAAGCCAACGCUGUCCUGAACAGGGCCUGCACAGCUCUCGGCGUGGGCAUUGUCAACAUCCUCCACGUAGUGAACCCGUCACUGGUGAUCCUGUCUGGAGUCUUGGCCUCUUACUACAAGACUCCUGUGCAGCACAUCAUCACUGAGAGAGCCCUCAUCUCCGCCCAGGGCAUCAAAGUUGUCACAUCAGACUUGGAGGAACCUGCAUUACUUGGAGCUGCCAGUAUGGUGUUAGACUAUGCAACUAGAAGAACAUUUUGAAGGA